UUCCAAGGAGUUAAACAAAAACUUUUAAAUUAAACUAAAUAUUUGAACAGAUAAAAAACAAACUCAAUUAUGCUCCCAUUGAGCUUUUUAACGACCACGAUUGUUCUCGGAAUACUUUCAUCCAAAUCAAGUGCUGCAUCAUCUGAUGCAUAUGUUCAGAAGCUUUGUCAAGGACAACGUUUUGGAGCAGCUGUACCAAAUCCACAUGACUGUAGCUCAUUUUAUGUUUGUCAAUUUGUUGUUCAAUUGGUAGAUUGUCCAAUUGGGUUGCAAUUUGAUCGCAGGAAAAAAGUCUGCAACUGGCCAAAGGAUGCUGGCUGUGAUUGGGUAGAACCCGAUAGACCAAAUACAAAUGACGAUAAUUAUCCGGGAGUGAAACCACCAAGCGAACCCAAACCUGAUGAGGAACAACCAAAAACUUCUGAAGAAGACAAUGACAAUAAGCCCACGGAGGAUAAGAAUCCAGAAGAUGGACAAAGUUCAAAGGAGUCUGCUGAGCAGUCCAAACCAGGUGAUGUCACUCUUGAUGAUUUUAUAACGGAGGAACCAGAUUACACAAAGCCGACAGUUGAUCAAAAUAAUUCUUCAGAACAAGAUCAGGAUAACCAACCUAACCAUCCUGCAACUGACGAUGAUUUCAUAACUGCUGAACCCCAAACACCAACUCCAUCUGCUGAAGAAAGUCAGGAUAAACAAACUGAUUCUCCAGCAACUGAUGAUGACAUGAUAACAUACACCCAACCGCCGAUAGUGGAUUCCGGAGAAUCUGUUGACCCCACUCCUGGAUGGCCAAAGCCCGAUCAACCUCCAUCACCCCCUUCCCCUCCUUCAGCUGUUUCAACUCCUUCUUCUCCUUCAAACAGUGAAGAAACAGAUCAGCAAUCGUCGGAAGGAAACCAGGAUUCCAACCAUUCUCAAAAUCCACCAACACCACCAAAUAGUGAAGAAACUGAUAAACACCCUUCGGAAGGAGAUCAGAAUUCCAGUGAAACGCCAUCUUCAACUGAGGACGGUGAUAAACCAGAACAUCCAAAACUUCCUCAUCCUGAUCUACCGACUGCUGGCAACCAAAGCAGUCAGCACUGGAACCUCAUUGCAUCGAUUGUAAGUGUUGAGACUUCUCACACCGGUGGCUUUAUCAAUCAUCCAACAGUUGGAGCUCAUAGCCCAGAAACCGGCUUACCCGUUGACGUUAUGACUGGCUACAAUCCCAAAAAAGUGCAAUGUCUGCACAGUGGUUUAUACUUUCUCCCGCAUCCGACAAACUGUCAGAAAUACUUUAUCUGUGCCUACAGCCAUUUGCAUUUGCAUUCAUGUGGCAAUGGCGUAAUUUGGAACCACAAACGGGAGCAAUGUGAUCUUGGCAGUAAUUCCAAAUGUUAUUCACGGGAUGCUGAGUCAGAGGACAAUUCUUCAGAACCUGUGACACCAUUUCUUGACGAUCAAACACGAAAGACCACAAAAAAAGUUGUCAAACCAUCAACUCGAAAGCCGAUACCAACAAAGCUUCCUGCAACUGUAACUGCAACUGUAUCGACAACUGUUAGUCAAAAAUUACCAGCUUGUCCAGCGAAUCGACAAAUAUACUUGCCUAAUUUGGAUGACUGUCAUAAGUACUUUAUUUGCAUAAUGGGAAAGCCGGUCUUGACGUCAUGCCCGAACGGAUUACACUGGGAUGUGAUAGGAGAGGUUUGUGACAAGCCAUCUGUGGCUCGAUGUGGCCGCCGACAGAAAUAUUUAGUAUCAAGACAAUCGCAGAAUGCAGCAAGAAAUCCAAAAUUCAAUACGAAUGCUUUAAGUGAUCCCAACAGAGCUUCGUCAUUAAAUGUGAGUGUUAACUCAGAUGUUGACGAGAUGUGGGGUGAAAUUAAAUGUGUUUUUUUGGAGGCUGGAUUCGAGACUGUACCUAGGCGUACGAGAGUUAGUGACUCUUGGAUAUCCCAAGACACCUGGUUAAAAAUCGAGCUUCGUAAAUCGUUGAAGCUGCAAAUAAACGCCGAGACAGACGCUCAACGAAAGGCUGAAUUGCGAAACGAAUAUCGGAUUGCACACAAGAUGGUCUAUCGUUUUCUGAGACGUGACAGGAGGGUGAGGAUAGAUGGACUCGCUGAUGAUGCUGAAAACGCGGGAAGAAGAGGAGAUAUCCUAGAAUUGAUGGCAAAAUCCUUUCUGAUCUUGGCAAUAUGUGUCCUUUGUGUGGCUUCGAUAAGGGCUUCUUCUUUUGUUGGAAUGCCAGUGGAGGACAUCUGCAAAAUGGUUCCAGCUUUUACAAAAAUUCUUGUACCUGGCUCCUGUAUUGACUGGGCUGAGUGCGGAGAAGAUGGUGAGAUCAUCGAUGAUGGAACGUGCUUGGCAGGCUGGAUGUUCGACAAAAACACAGGAAAAUGCAGCAAAAGCUCAAUGGUCGAAUGUCCCUUUGGGUAUAAUCUGAAGAAACCAUGUGCAUCGGAAAAGAAUGGAACCUUUUUACGGAACCCCGAAGAUUGCACUGGAUACAUUUACUGCAAGGAAGGCGUCGAACAAUACUCUGCCUGUCCCAUGGGCCUGAAUUUCAAUCCCGAAACCAAGAGCUGUGUCUAUGCCAGUGAAUACCCGUGCCCAGAAAAAGAAGAAGGUAACGAAGCAAAUUCAAUUUGUUUGUCCGUUGGUGACAAUAUCCGCAUGGCUGAUCCAAACUCGUGCACCACCUUCAAGGUCUGCAACAAAGGCGUCCUCAAAACUACAAAAUGCAUUGCUGGCUCCUAUUUCAGUCGGGAGUUGAAACGGUGCAGUGAUUGGGAGGAAAGCGAUUGUGCAACAGCUGAGCCAACUACCGAGGAGCCUUGGAGCUCUAUUUGCGGAACUGAUGACGAUCCAAUUGUUGGAUUCAUUUCGGACGAAGUCACUUGCAGUGGAUAUUAUUAUUGCGAUGAAAUGGAAAAUGGCAAAGCUGACCGCAAUCCAAAGUUCGCUAAGUGUUCAAAUGGCAAAUUCUUCGAUGCUAAUUCGUUCUCCUGCAAGGACCGCACUAAUGUGAGGUGUUUGUUUGAUCGGUGUGAGGGUAUGGACAAGAGGUUUGCUAAUAUCCAGGGUGAUUGCACCAAGUACACAUAUUGCAAUGGUGGAGUGAGCUCAUCGGAGGGUUCAUGUCCCGAGGACUUCUAUUUUGACGAGAAAACACAGAGCUACAUUUCUGUAGAUUCCUUAACAAACUCUAUUUUCAAUUGCCUGCAGUAUCUUGUAGAACCUGGGCGUGGAUUUUCGCCACACAAUCUUGGAACUGUAAGAAAGUCUAAGCGGAACAAAGCACGACCAGCUUUCUAUAUUAUUGGGGCAUUGACCUUCGUUUGUGUCCAAUACAGUUCAGCUCUAACCCCCGAGCAAGCGACCUCCGUGUGUGCCCUCCUGCCAGAUGGAGAAAGUAUAGCCAACCCACUUGACUGCUCUCAGUUUUAUUUGUGCUCGAGAGGAAAAGCCCAACUCAAUUCGUGCCUUGGCAAUCAGCUAUUUUCGAAAGACGACCAAAGCUGCGUACCACCAGAUCAGUCUUCAUGCGGCGCAGAUGAUGAGGACCCUUGCGCCUACAUGUCUGAUGGAUAUUUCGUUUCGGUUGAUAAUUCCUGCUCAGAUUACUUAUACUGUGAAGGCGGACGCGGUCAAAAGGGUAGCUGUGGAAAUGGACUGAACUUCGAUCAGUCAAGCCAAUCCUGCAAAUACCAAUCCGAAGUCCCAUGCACAGAGAAUAUCCCAGGUGAAGGCAACCUCAACAUCUGCCAAGUCGUACGAAGUGGCAUAUACUUUGGUUAUGCCCAAUCAUGCAAGGCAUGGCAAAAGUGUAACUCCAACAGACCCGCAGAAAUCGAUGACUGCCCUUCGCCGUACUACUUUAAUGUUGAUACUCAGGCUUGUGAUUACAAGGAAAACGUCAACUGCCGUCAACUACAAGGAAACCCUGGAACUGGUGGACCAAGUUUGGAGGGAACUCCCUGUGAUACAAACGGGGAGGUUCAACCUGAUACCACAUGUUCUGGAUAUUACGUGUGUACCAAUGGAAAAUUCGCCUUCGGCAAAUGCAUCAACGGACAAUAUUUCAAUCCGAAAACAAACAAAUGCGUCUCACGCUUAGACGCCGUUAACGAUUGUGACCGUUGCGAAGGCAGUAAAAUGCAGUUUGUCAAUUUGUACCAGGACAAUUGCGUUGGUUAUGCUUACUGCAGUAAUGGGAAGACGCAAUCAACUGGAACCUGUGCGAGUGGAUUCUUUUCUGAAGUUGCAGGAAGUUGUGUGCAAAAUGGAGAUAAUCCGGAGUACCCUGUGUGCUAUAUUAAGGAAGAUGAAGACAACGAAACAACUCAGGCUUCAACCACGACAGACGCUGAAGCUAGUACGGACCCGACACCAAAAACAGAUGCCCCCAAAGAUACAACAACCAAAACUACAAAAGCAACUAAAGCAACUAAAACAACAACAAAGUCGACUACGACAACAACAACAACAGCAGAACCUGAAUCUGAAGAAGGUGAUAAGGAGACAGAAGCACCUGAAUCUGGAGAAGGUGAUAAAAAGCCAGAAGCACCUGAAUCUGGCGAAGAGGCAGAAGUAACUGAAUCUGGAGAUACCUCAAAAGAAGAAGAAGAAGAAGAAACUUCCUCCGAGGAUUAAUGAUCGCUUAAAAUAAAUUCCUUGAGAAAAGUUGUUUAUCUAUUAAUAAAAAGUUCAAUCAUUGUGGCGAAAGAUAAAUUUCAAUAAAAAUUAAAAUUGGUUAA